AUGGCAGUUUACGAGGCUUUGUAUGGUCGUAAGUGUCGUACUUCGCUAUGUUGGAUUGAGUUGGGUGAGCGUCGAGUUUUAGGUCCUGAGUUAGUUUCUGAGACCGAGGAUAAGGUUAGACUGAUUCAGGAUCGUCUGAAUGCGGCUUCUGAUAGACAGAAGCCUUAUACAGAGCUGAAGAGGAAAGAUGUUGAAUACUCUAUGGAUUCUGAAGCGUGUAGGACCGGUCAGUUAUCAGUUAGAGCUUCUCUAGAGUUGGACCGUAUUCAUGAUGUGUUUCAUGUUUCAAUGUUGAGGCAAUAUCAGUCUAAUCCAUCUCAUGUUGUUUCUGUUGAGGAGAUCAAGAUUAGACCGGAUUUGACUUUUAAGGAGGAGCCAAUUCAGAUUUUUUAUCGUGAUGUUAAGGUUCUGAGGAGGAAGUCCAUUCUUUUGGUAAAGGUUUUAUGGCGGAAUCAUGCCACUGAGGAAGCCACGUGGGAACCUGAGGACUCGAUGCGUCAGCAGUAUCCUCAUUUGUUCUAG